CUCCUGGGAUGGCGCGAUUGCGGGCCUGUUCUCACGUUGCGUUCCCUCCAGCGUAGUCUGGGCUCCUGCUCUGCCAAGCGACGGAUGAUGGGGCCUCUGGGCGCCCGGCGCGGCCUGGAGUGGUUGCUGGGCCUCUACUUCCUCUCCCACAUCCCCAUCACCCUGCUCGUGGACCUGCAGGCGGUGCUUCCGCGCGAUCUCUACCCCGUGGAGCUGAGAAACCUGCGGCAGUGGUAUACUGAGGAGUUCAAAGACCCCUUGCUACAGAACCCCCCGGUGUGGUUUAAGUCCUUCCUGUUUUGCGAGCUUGUGUUUCAGCUGCCUUUCUUUCCUGUCGCAACAUAUGCCUUCUUCAAAGGAGGCUGCAGGUGGAUCCGCACCCCUGCAAUCAUCUACUCGGUUCAAACGAUGACAACUCUGAUUCCAAUCCUCUCCACAUUUCUACUCGAGGAUUUCUCCAAAGCCAGUUGUUUCAGAGGACAAGGACCUAAGACUUUCCACGAACGACUAUUCCUUAUGUCUGUCUACAUGCCCUACUUUCUCAUCCCUCUUAUACUUCUGCUUUUCAUGUUGCACAACCCCUACUACAAGUCUGAGGAGAAAAGAAAGAAAAAAUGAGGAAAAAUCACCCCGGGUCCAGGGGAGAGGUGACCACGGGGCAGUUUCCUGUUGGACCCAGUACCAGGAAAAUGCUCAGAACCCAUGUUUUCAGUAGUAUUUGAAACACACCAGCAGCAACACACAAGGCCAAGGCACUGGCAGGAGGCACAUCAAACCCUCGUCUUCCAAGGGCACUGGCAUAAACAGACCGAUCACCUGAGGAUGAGCAGAGGGGUGAGGGCUAGGUUAUAGGGAAGGGCUGCCAAAGGCCUCACUGUGUGCCCAAGUGCCAUUGUAGGAUUACUAAAGGCAGGACCAGACCAGACACCAGAUAAACUUCCAAGCAACACGGCCUACUUGGCAUGUUCAUGAGUCAUUUGAUCCACAGUAUACCUGUGACUAACCCUUUGACUCAUGACUCUACAGCGUGUCACUGGGGUGUCUCAGGCCAUUUUUAAGCUUGAAGCUGUGCCUCUGUGAUGUCAUUAAAAACUGUUUUCUUGUCCCCACACCUAGGAGGGGGUGAGCUAUUCUGUAAGAGGGUUAAACUUAGUUUUCCUUAAACGUUCAACCUUGGCAUGACCUUCAGUCAGAAAUGGGUCAGAUUGGAAGGUGUAUUGUUCCUGUCCUAAACAGGUUGUCCCAGAAGAGAUUUUUUAAAGUCGCCUUGUUUAUGCUCUUUCCAAGCCUGUCUUCUAUUACUUUUUACAGACCACCUAACAUAAGUUCCUUUCACAUCUGGUGUCUCAAACCUGCGCUGGAGGUGUCCCUCCUACUGGAUAACUUCGUCCUACCGAAUAGUUUAAUAAUUCCUUCCUGUCUCAUUCCCAGUCAAAGGCAACGGGUGGCGGGGAGCUGUGCAUGACAGGUCCAGUGUGUGCAUAUAGGGUCUCUUCACGUUAGUACUUGGUAUUCUGCUAGCUUUCUCUAAAUUCAUACUCGAGGCCAACUCAAAAAAAAAAAACAAAGAAACUUGUGAACACACAUGGAAAAUGGUAGAUGCUGGUUCUGGUUAGUUCCCCCUUUUUGCCUGUUUUGCUUACAAGCCCUAAUGGUCUGAUUGUUGGGAGUAUCGUCUGACUCCUGUGUCUGGUCAAAAUAAAGGUAGCUGCUGACCACUGCCUGGUUUGUUUUGUGGACCAGGGGCUAGAGAGCCCAGGGUUCUCUUACAAAGGGUUAAAUGUACAUUUCAAGGGCACCAGGAAAAGAGGUAGAUCAAGCCAUUUGAAAAUAAUAAUUUAUUGCUUUUCCUUCCAAAGCUUUGUGAAUUUACAAAAAAAGUUUAUAGGCCGCUCAGUUCAGACUGAGAAUGCAAGAGGUGAGAACCUGGACCACAAUGGCCACUGGGUGUUCGCCUGCAGAUAGGCACUGACGUCUGAAACAAGCUCCCCCAGAUUUGUUUUAUUGCCUUCAGAGAUGCUGCAUUCCUCACACACCAUCUCACACAACACAUUUGGGUCAUUGGUCAAGUCACUGGAUUGGUACAGAGGUUUUUUUGUUUUGGGGGUUGUGGGGUUUUUUGUUUUGCCCUCCUGCUAGAAAAUGAAAUUUUCAGUUCAUUUCUGAAAAAUAAAUUGGUCAAUAAAUUCA